CUUCAUUCAAUCCUCAUCCUCAUUCGUGAUGGUGUUUGUUUAGCUCCACGUUCUUAGCUUUGAGGUUAGGUGGUACGUAACAAAGUUUUUUGUAGUACAUUGGUUUGAAAUAUUUCAGUGAGGUAAAGGAACGAGAAUAAAGAAUUUAACUUUUUUACAAUGCCAGUGUCUAAACGGGAUAAGAAAGUGUCUUUGACAAAGACUACAAAGAAAGGAAUGGGAUUGAAACAAAAACUAGUUGAAAAUAUUCGAAAAAGUCUAGAAACCCAUGAGAAUUUGUUUGUGUUUACCACUCGCAAUAUGAGAAAUGGACCGUUGAAAGAUGCAAGAGACACUUGGCUAGGAAGCAGGUUCUUCAUGGGAAAACCAAAGGUGAUGGCCUUUGCUCUGGGUCGCACCGAGGCAGAAGAACAGCACAAGGAUCUUCACAAAGUAUCUCCAUUCGUCAAGGGACAGUGCGGACUGCUGCUAACCAGCAAGCCCAAGGAUGAAGUGAUUCAAUGGUUUCACAGCUACUCAAACAAGAGUUAUGCCAGAUCAGGGUUUGUACCUACAGAAACGAUAAAGUUGGAAGCUGGACCUCUACAAGAGUUUGCUGCAGCCAUGGAACCACACUUACGCAGCCUUGGUCUCCCCACACAGCUGGAGAAAGGGAAGAUCAUUUUGCGUGAGGACCACACCGUGUGUACGCAGGGUGUCCCAAUUACCCCAGAACAGGCCGGUAUACUGAAAUUGCUUAAAAUUCAAAUUGCUGAAUUCAAGUUAACACCAUUAUGUGUGUGGUCUAAAGAAGGAUAUUUUAAAAAACUAAAAGGACCGAAAGAAGAGUCCUUAGUAGCAACUACUCCUAUCACUUCAAAUACCACCACUACCACCACCACCACCACCACCAAAUCAACUCCAGAAAUCCCCAACAAUAGACUUGAAGAUGAAGAAAUGGAGACAGAAAAGAUGUCUCCGGAUUUUCGACCCAGGAGAUCUACGAGAAUUAAAAAACCAUUAAAAAGAACUCCUGAAGAAAGGAGAUCAUCCAUUAAAAAAUUAACAGGAACACCAUCGUUAUCUUCCAAAGGAACACCUUCUAGGAAGAGUGUAAGGAAUUUAAAAAUUUCAGAGUAGAAAGACGCUAAUCUAUGUAUGUAAUUGUUUUAUUAUAUAACACUGUUGAAUAUUUGUAAAUAACAUGAAUAAAUGUUUGUGUUCUAAUCAA